AUGUUCAACUCUUACAGUGAGAGAAAAUAUUCCCCCUUCUUAACUCACACGUCUCCUUUUUUUCUCAAUCUUUUCCCCCAGGAUGUUCAGAUAGUGAGUACUGACGAGGACCAGGUCUUCCUCGCCCUCCAGGAGUGGUACCAGACAGACACAUAUAACUUGUACCAGUCUGACCCCCAAGGCGUCUACUACUCCAUUGUCCUAGAAAAUGUUCGCAGCACCAAGCAGCCAGAGGAGAAUGUCCUCGUCGACAUACUUGAGGUACGUGGGAUCAAAGGAGUCUUCCUAGCCAAUCAGAAGAUCGAUGGAAAAGUGACAACUCUCAUCACCUAUAACAAAGGGCAAAGUUGGGAUCUCUUGGCCCCGCCUAUGACUGACAUGAAUGGCAAGACGAUAACCUGCAAAGCACCGGACUGUCACCUCCACCUCCACCUACGCUGGGCGGACAACCCCUACGUGUCGGGGACUGUCCACACCAAAGACUCUGCUCCAGGUCUCAUCAUGGGUGCUGGUAACCUUGGCUCCAAGCUAGUAGAGUAUAAGGAAGAGAUGUACAUCACCUCAGACUGCGGAAAGACAUGGAGACAGGUUUUCGAAGAGGAGCAUCACAUCCUGUACCUGGACCAUGGUGGGGUCAUUGUUGCCAUCAAGGACACCUCCAUUCCCCUCAAAAUACUCAAAUUUAGCAUCGAUGAAGGGCGGACGUGGACUGUUCACAACUUCACCAGCACCUCUGUGUUUGUCGAUGGACUCCUGAGCGAGCCAGGAGACGAAACCCUGGUUAUGACUGUGUUCGGCCACAUCAGCUACAGGUCGGACUGGGAGUUGGUCAAAGUGGACUUCAGGCAGUCGUUCCCCCUUCAGUGCACUGAGUCUGACUACGAGUCCUGGCAACUAACAGACAUGCAGGGAGAGAAGUGCAUUAUGGGCCAGGAGCGGAGUUUCAGGAAAAGGAAGGACACAUCGUUCUGUAUCAAAGGAAAAAGCUACACCUCAGCUCUCAACACUAAACCCUGUCAAUGCAACGAGAAAGACUUCAGCUGUGACUACGGUUUUGAACGCUCCCAAACGGAAGGCAGUCGCUGCUUCGCUGACUUCUGGCACAAUCCAGAUUCACCACCAGAGGACUGCCAUUUAGGACAAACCUACGAGUCAAGCACUGGCUACAGGAAGGUCAUUUCCAACAUUUGUGAAGGAGGGCUGAACAAGCAGCAGAGCGCCAAACAGCACAACUGCCCUCUGCUGCCCCCUAAAGGACUACAAGUCAGUAUCAAAGGGCAGAUGUUGGCCGUGGCGCCUGGGGAUGACAUCACAUUCAUUGUCCACCAGGAACAGGGUGACACCAGCCGUACAAAGUACCAGGUGGACCUCGGUGAUGGGGUCCGAGCCAUCUACCAAAACCUGACGGUGACAGAUGAGCCCAUCCAGCAUCGCUAUGAAAACCCGGGCGUUUACAAGGUCACAGUGAAGGCCGAGAAUAUGGCAGGGCACGAUGAGGCUACCAUGUACAUCCAGGUUGCAGCCCCUCUGCAGAAAGUGCACCUGGAAGUGGUUCCCAUCACUGGGAGAAACCACGAGGUGAAUCUGACAGCCAUAGUUCUUCCAAUUGAAGCCAACCUGUCCGUCUUCAACUGGUGGAUCGGAGAAAACCUGCAGCCCAAGCUGACUCUGCAGAACAGCCUCCUGACUCACUUCCCAGAGACAGGAGAGUUUUCAGUCACCGUCCAGGCGUCUAAUGGCCGCUCGAUGGUGCAGGAUACCAGAACUGUGCGAGUCUACGAUCAUUUCCAGGUCAUCCCUCUGAGUUUCAGCACAAACCUGGACCGCUUCAACCCAAACAUCCCGGAGUGGAGAGAGGACAUUGGCCAGGUUGUCACCAAAAUAAUCACAAAGAACACAGGUGUCCCUCUGGACUCCCUGGUUACCGUGGUGAACCCAGGCCUCCCCACCACUGCUGACCUGUACGUCCUCCCACUGGACAGCACACCUACCAAGAGGAGCAUUUUUGUAGAUAAGCGUAUUCCCGCCAUCAUACAGGCCUUCAACAGCAACAACGUCAGCUUCGUGGUGCGAGGAGGUCUUAAAGUGCUGGUGAUGCUAGCUGACCCAAACGCAGGCUACCGUGGAGCCGCUGGAGGUCCGGGUGUUUGGGCUCUAGCAGCCAUCUUCCUAAUCGGCAUGAUCGCCACCGGCUCCUUCAUCCUCUACAAGUUCAAAAGGAAGCUCCCGGGCAACCGCAAUGUCUACGCGCAGAUGCGCAAUGAGAAGGAGCAGGAGAUGACCAGCCCUGUCAAUCACAGCGAGGACACCCAGCACAUCAUCCAGGGGGAGGAGUUCAUCGACGACGACCUGGACUCGCAGACUCUAGGUAACGCAGGAGGUAACCAUUCCGGUGUGGUCCUGAGCAUCAACUCCAGAGAACUACAUAGUUACCUGACCAGCUGAUAGCUGCCAUGGUAAAAUGCUAACGAGCAAGCAUAGCUUAGCUGGCUAACGAACACAGGGACUCCACUCAGCCUUCCUCCUUUCCCUCCGCCUCUUCUUGGGACACUGCAUCUCUGCACAACUCCUGCUUUGGAUGUAAUUCUGUUGGGUUCCUUGUGUUUUAUUUUUGUUUGGGAGUGGUGGUGGUGGGACGGUGGUGGUCACCGCAAAGGACACUUGCUCAGUUGUGUUUAUGAGAAUCUGUGUGUAUGUUAUCUCUCACUUGGUAGACACUCAAAUCAAGCCGCAUGACUCACUGCACUGGUUUCCAUUACCAAGAGCCACUGUAGGUAAAGUGGCCAAAGACAGAUUUUAUAAAAUGAUUUCCCAAGCAUUAGGAUAGUAAAAUCUAUCAUAAAAAACGUUAAAAAAAAGACUCUUCCCACCUCGUUGUUCUCCCUCUUUCUUUACCACACAUGAUAGAAACUCUCUCUUCACAGGCAAUAAUGGUCUCCCAACGGAAUGUAGGAUAUGAUAAGCCCUUGUACGUUUGCAUAUGAGGAGUGUAAGUAUGCAAACACAAGAGGGCAGUGUUGCACUUUUUUAAAUUCCUACUCACAGGAGACUAUGUCCACAGAGCAUUAACAGUUUUCCCAGAUCCCACUUCAUCCAAAUAAAUGUUUUCCCAUUUGUAACUCAGAUAUUAAGUUGUGUGUGGUGUUUUAAAUCAGCACUACCUUUUUAGGAGCUCAACGUCUGUCCCAUGGUGCCUAAAAUGGCAGAUAUUUAUCUGCUCAGUGACACUACCCGUUGUCAAGUUUUAUUUAUUUCCCCCACACACUCUUUCUGGGUAUGUUAAAGCGGACUUUUCACCCUGGAGUCAAACGCCACCAUGGAAGGAAGGUGUAGUUGAUGUAUUUUACUGUAUCAGCCUAUAUUAGGCAUAGCCCGAUGUUCAAUUAUGUCUCCUUAAAGGUUUGGUUUGUUGUAAAUGUAAAUAUGUAAAUAUGAAGAAUCUCCACUUUGUACAUAUUCCCUUUGACAUGUGUGCGAGUGUUUUACACUACUACCAAAAUACACAAUUUUUGCAGCAAAUCCUCACUGAGUUUACUAAAUUUGAAAAAUGCUCACCGUAUCCAAUUUCCUCAACGCCAUUGCCUGCUUCACAUGCAUCCAUUUUCAACUCGUUCAGUAUAAUCUCAUGAGCAAGAUAAUUCGAUGAUCUUCAUCGUUAACUGGAGAAAAAGUCCUCAUCUUAUAAAGAUACUCACAACUACACAGUGACAACUAUGUACAUGGAUAUUUUUGAUACACUAAGUUUUUCUCAAUAUGUGUACACACUGGUUAUUUUUUCUGUUGCCUUUUGCUGAAGUUUUUUGUUUGUUUGUUUGCACUAAUGAUGUAAGAAGUGCUGUCAACAUGUACUGCACAGCAUCUGUCUACAGACUCAAGUGAAAGGCCCCGACAGACUUACAGUGCUACCAUUACCACCAAGACCACCCUUUGGUUCGCCUUGUCUUUGAUACAAACAGCAGUUAACGUUCACUUGUUCUCAUUUCCACCUUAAUUCAUCUUUUGUACAUAUUCUGCUCAUGUUCAACUUGUUCUUAGUUCUCUAGUGAUGUGUCGUCAUGUAUCAGUGCCCUUAACCUUAACAAAGGGGUAAUUAGGAAUUAUGAUAUUCCAAUAUAUUAGUGAAAGUUUCACACCUGAUGGCACGACCAUGCAAUUUUGACCACACUGGUUUUCUUAUGUUAUUUUUCUCUUUCUGAUGGGCUUGUUUGAUCUUUUAAUUUUUGCUAUUAAAACAAUUGUGUGUCCUAAUCAGGAAGCCUAAUGCACUGAACCUGCAUCCUGAAAUAAAUCACUCCCAUAA